AUGGAUUCCCGCCGCCCUUCAAACUACCCAGCUCCAGGUGCAUCUUCAAGACCGAAAGUCCAACAGCCGAAACCCCAAACCCUCGGCAACCGCGCUGGUACUUCCGCGAUCUUGGUAUCCACGCGACAAAAGGGCAACCCAAUACUGACCCAUAUAAAGCUUCUACCGUGGGAGUAUGCCGACAUCCCCGCGGACUACGUGGUUGGCACCACGACGUGCGCAAUGUUUCUCUCCUUGAAAUACCAUCGCCUACACCCCGAAUACAUCUACUCCCGAGUGAAACAACUAGCAGGCAAAUACAACCUCCGCCUUGUACUGGUGAUGGUCGACAUACAAAACCAUGAAGACAUUCUCCGAGAGCUGUCCAAAACAUCCGUUAUCAACGAUCUGACAUUGAUAUUGUGUUGGUCUGCACCAGAGGCUGCGCACUAUCUCGAGCUCUACAAGUCCUCAGAGAACGCACAGCCCACCGCCAUUCGAGCCCAACAGGCCCAAUCCUAUAAGGAGUCACUGGUUGAGUUUGUCACGGUUCCCAGAAGUAUCAACAAGUCCGACGCCGCGAGUUUGAUCUCCACCUUCGGCAGCUUGCAAAAUGCCAUCAAUGCACAGCCCGAGCAGAUCAGCGCUGUGCCGGGAUGGGGAGAGAAGAAGGUCCAACAAUGGUGCCAUGCGGUCCGGGAAGACUUUAGAGUCGAGAGCACGAAGAGGGCUUCUGUUCCUGCCACACAACGCCGGGCUCAACUGCCAGGCGUGAAUGUGGAGGACAUACAUGAUCAGAAUAUGGGCGAAGAGGAUGAAGAAGAGGCGAUUCUUCAUGAAGUUCUAGCCGAAAGCAGAAAAACAGCAGCUGCGCAAGCUGUGCAAGCUGCGUCCCCUACUGAGCCUCAGGCUGGGGGUCACCAAACUGAAGAGAUGAGCGAAGGUAUUGCAGUGGCCCUUGCCCGGCUUAGAGACAAUGCUGGUUGA